UUGACCUGCUGAGUGGACUAAAGAUGGGGGAGCAAGGUGGUUGGCUGGAGGCUAACAGAGAAGACUGGGCGGCCAUCUUGGAUUCCCAGAACCAGGCCGGUGCAGCCAGGGGCCUGGGGGACAACAUCACCGAACAGGCAAGGACCAGAGGCGACAUAGUGGAGUCUGCAGUCCAUGAGGACCUGCUGAUAUCCGGUGUUGCUGGCAGGCGAGACUGGACCUCUGAGGUGGCUGGUCACAAACCUUGGCUCCGGAUCAGAACCCUGGAUCAGGAGCCGUCGCUUUUCAUUUCCGAGUCAGAAACAGAACCGAACCGUGAGGGACAGAGACUCCACCACAACCAUCACACAGAACACAACCAGUGGACAGGUGGACUAAACAACCUCAGUCCUACUGGUCUUCAGAUAGACAGAGGCUCCAGUCAGGGCUCCAGUCAGCAGCCCAUACUCUUCUCUUCACAGUCUCAGCGCAGGGAUGAAACAGAGCCUGGGGCUGAUAGAGAUAGACCCUCCUGUUCCUAUGACACAAACUCCACAGUAUCCAUGAUGAACAGAGCAGGUCACCCUGGGCUUCAGCCUUCAGAGAGAGUGGUGGGAGACACCUCCGGUGGGAGUCUAACAGGAAGUCUGUCUUCUCCUUCAGGAUCUUGUUUAAUGCCUGGUGAAUGGGUUCAUAGAAGGCCUGGACCUGGGUCUAGCCUUCCUCAGUUACCUCAUGGUUACCCCACCAAUACAGACCGGGUCAGGAUGGGCGUUCACCACAAGAGGUACCUAGCCUAUAACACAGCACACAAUCUAAACAACACCCAAACAACGGCUAGAGGUCAAGGAGGGAGCUCAAAGACUAACCACCUGAGGGUGGUGGCUCCUGCUUCUACCUCGUCUGGUGUCAUUGGGUUACAACGUGGGAGGCCGAGCAACAGGACGGACGCCGACAAGCCGUACAGCUGCCCCACAUGUGGGAAGCGCUUCGCUAGGGCAGACUAUUUGAGGGAGCACCAGACCGUUCACACCAAGGAGAGGCCCUUCAAGUGCAAACUGUGUUAUAAGAGCUUCUCUUUCCUGACUAACCUUAUCAGACAUAGGAGUGUCCACAACCGGGAGAAAUCUUAGCAGUGUGGCUCGAGAUGUACGCAGGGGAUAUCUGGAAACUAUUCUUAAGUUGACAUAUUAUAGUUCUGAAGUGUUUUGGGGUAAGAGGGUAAUUAUCCACAUACCCUUCAUUAACCCUUUGUUAACUUGUCAUUUGAAACAUGCUUGUGUAAAUACCUGUUUUUAGAGAGACCUAGGCCAAACAAAGACAGUUUAAUAUUUACCUUAGUGAGGUGAUGUAGAUGGAAUAAAGUAAUUCUAUACUUUUCUUCUGUAUUCUUGCUAACACACUGUUCUUUCUAAACAUGUCUGCCCUCAGCUUGAAAGAUACUGAUCAUGGGAGAUUUGAUGUGUAAUGUAAUAAACAGUACCAUAAUUCAAAGAA